GCAGAGCAAACGAGCGGACAAACGACUGCAAGAGAAGUUGCCGUUGGAGUCUGCCGUACUUUGACUCCCUUAUAGCAAGUAAAUUUAAAGGAACUUAAAAUGGUUAAGGCAGUCACGAAACCCGCCGCCGAAAAGCCGCCGUCUGGCGGAUCGGUGCAAGUCAACCUGGUCGAAGAGAGUAACGUCGAAGUCGCAAAGGAACCAGUCGUGGUGGAAUUUACACGCACAGAACGACGAAGACCUCCGCGGACGUGUGUUUUCGUAACUCUCCUGUUAUUGGUGUUACUGGUAGGAUUCCUGGUUGUCUACUCAAUCGAGAAAUCGAACCGGUGAGUGGUCUUUCUUCAGUAAAGCGGGUUUGUAAACACUUUCAGGAUCGGAAAGUAUCAAUAUCAAAUAUGCAACGUUUAAUUUUUUUAUUUGUUCUGUAUGCACUGUCCUGUAACCUUGGCCUGCAGCGACGUAAAUGCUUUAUUUCACACUGCACGAUUGCUGUACUCUAUUUCCCGCAGAGUGGUGUAUUUUAUUUAUUGAAUAUAGUCAUUUUUCAAACACAAAAGGUCUGUUUGGAUUUUGAUCCGUUGGCUCUCUCUCUCAUUUGUGUCAUUGAGGCGAUAAAACCUGAAGAAACCGCUAAGACAUCCCAAGCUCAUAAUUGCAUGGUAAAACCUAUGUUUUAUUUUCCGGAAGAAAUUGUCGUAAAGAUAAAAGGUAAAUUUAAUAUGUCGGCGCAUAAAAGAUCACUGCGAGCGCCUUCAGCACCUCAUGUUAUCUGAUGGAACCCUACCACUUUCACCGCUACUCGGCCAAUGAAAGUCCAUUUUGAUGCGUCGCCUAAUUACUUUUAUUGACUACGAAAUUAACCUGCAAAUUACUGGAGUCUUUUCUCUGUUGACGACGACAAAAAACUUGUUGUUAUUGUAAUUAAUGUUCUGAGUCACCUAGAUCCUAUGCGGGCAAUACCAAACAGACCUUGGGUUUCUACCCUCUGUCUACACCUUUGCGAUCCUCGGUUGGUGCGAUUGAUUUCCGAGACUUCACAGUUACAUCUCCUAAAAGUUCUAUUUGAUUCCCCGAAACUAAAGAUGCUGCGUAAUGAAGUCAUUAAGUGCAUUUUAUUUCUUUGUGCUGGACGGCAUUUAAGCUUCAAAGAAAAACGCGUCGUUUUAUUCUGAGUCAUUGUCCCUUAGAGCUAAUGCCACCCAGGGAAUCGAAUUAGCGGCGCUGAUCUACACGUGAGUUGAAUGGCUUUGGGUUCUCUGAAAGAGCCUUAGUCUUAAUUUUAUAAGUGGAUUUUUGCUUUAUGGGUUGUUAUGGAUCUAGGGUUUGAAUUCCACAAGUUGAUCAGAUGACAUCAUUCCAACCCAGAACCCAGUCCCAUGAAGAGUUUGAAAAAAGCCCACUUUACUUUGUUUUUGUACUGCUCAGUGGCAUCCAAGUGUAAGUUGGAUCUUCUUGGGACAAAGUUAAUGAAAGAUAUUUUACUUUUGAAUUAUCCAUGUAGCAAGGAUCUUCGAUCAUUUUGUUCUGAUGCUUAACAUAGACCAAAAAGUUGAGAACAACAUUUUCUAAGAUUGUAACCAGAGUAAUGCACCAAUGGGAAAUGCUUCGCAUACCCAAUCAAGUAUACUAUUUACCUUUCUAAUUAAAGCUAAGCAUAACCAGAUAAAAGAGCAAACCUAGCUUUUAAAGUAAUUUGUCUCUGUGGAUUAAGCCUCUUGUAAGUCAGAUCAGUGGCGUUUUGAUUCUGCCCAAGAUGAAAUCAACACAAUUUAAUGAAAAAACCUGUCAGACAUUGUUUCAUAGGGUUUCAUUAUGGAUUAAUAUUAUCUAUGUAUGGAUCUACUCAGUGGCUUGUCAAAAGAUAAAGUUAUAAUUGAAUAGCGAGGCACAUGCCAGUUUAUGUUACAAUAGCAGGAAUAUCAAAGGAUGAAUGGAACCAAUGAAGAGCCCCGUCAUCAGAGCUGGGCAGUAGGGCAAGCUUGGUUAAUGAGAAGUCUUUGUAUUUGAUUCAUAUCCACCUCAGCUACUGAAUGGAUCCACCUUAGCUACUGAAUGGAGACAUAGUCCUGUUAAAAUGAGAACUUGACUCACUUAAUUUUUUGCAUGAACAAUUUGCAAUAUUUUACAUGUCAUCCUGGUAACUAGUUUAUUGUGCAUAUAUGGGGAAUUUUCCUGCCUUGUGAAGGUUGUGGCCUCUGUAAAAACUGGCCUCUUGGCAACAGGGUUAGCCAGCCUCUGCUGUACACACUCAGAGAUUUCAGCAAAGAAAGAUUAGAAGGGGGCAGUCUUUAAAUUUUGACCCACCAGUCUGACUAGACUAUAUGAAGAGGUCUUCAGAUGGUAAAACCAGAAAGUUAAGGAGGAUUUAUUAGAAAAAAUUUAGAUAUGAGCAUAUUAAGUGUUAUCAGAUGUUUCCCCUUCAUGGAUUAGCUUUGAGUAUAAGUAUUUCCUUCUGUUCUUGAACAAAUUCCACAAUUGCAAGAGGGUCUUGGGAGAUUUCGCUUGUUUUGUAUUCCUUGAUACAGAAAUACAGUGCAUAGCCAAAAGAGAAAAGAAAGAAAAAAGGCAAUAUUUAAAGGGGGAAAGAUACUGUUCUAGACAGAUGGCAAAUCAAUAUUUCAUUUGACUCAUUGCAUGCCAUCUUUGUUUAUAAAGUGAUGCAUGAACAUGACCUUUUAAUUUAGAAUUGUGGAAAUUUCUGGCAAAUUUGCUUUGAUUCUAAGAGCCUGACACAUGUUAUUAAUGAAAUCAGCGGUGAUUCAGACACUAAGAACAAGAUUAAAAAAAAGUUACAAAGAGCAAUCGAUUUAUAAAUCUAUUUGGAGCGACUGUCAAUUUUCUUGAACAUGGUUAUUUAAUUUUAUUUCAUAUUCACAGGGACAAAAACAGAUCCAUGCAAUGGAAAUAUGGUGAUGAUGGCAUCAAGAUUACAGAUCCUCCAAGGGUAUUAAAUAAUUCAGAAUCCUCUAGUACAUUUUGGUGCGGCACAGACGAUGUUUCUUGGGAAACUCAGGAGGAAUUUUACACUUUGUCAGAUGCUAUCAGCCAAGAUGACAUCAUGGGUUUAAGGCCAAUUUUCAGGAAGGAUCUCCCACAUAAUUAUGUUGCGUACUGGGAAGCGAAAAUCAAUGGAAAAACUGGAGAAAAAUACGUGAUCAUCUCAGCCGGUUUGUGUUCAUAGAGUGUAUAACAUCCUUUUUAGAAUGACGCUGCAUUUAGGCACCUCUAAUCAGGCAACACCUCAAUAAUGUGGGCACCAACUCUGGUUAUUUUAGCUGAGUUGUAGAGCUAAUCUCUGACUUAAAAAAAAAAGCAAACACUGCUUAGAUAAAGAACACUUUAACCAAAUUUGAAUUUGAAUUGGUGAUAUUGUUACACCAAAAGCUGUUUUAAUGGGUGUAAAUUUACAUGAAUAAACUGAAAGAGAGCAUAUACUAGUAAUUGGCCAGGUAUAAAGCUUCUAAUUUGGUCCCAAAGUGGCUUUAUUUCAUGAAGCUAAACUGUUUGUGGUUUUCUGGGUAAAUUAGUAAAGAGAACAGCUGAAUGUGUGGUUAAUAGGCUCUUGUGCCUGCUGUGUGAUGAGAGGACCCAGUUAUCACACAUUUAUAAGCUGAAAAUAGGGCUUAGAGUUAAGUUUACAAGCGGGAUGUGACUUGGUACUUAUCAACUACAGUUUUUAUAAGGGCCCAGUAUGCUAUGGUUAAACAAAACAGCUGGAAUAGGAUUGAAUAGCUUGAACCAAAAUGAAACUAUUGGCUGUUGGUAGCAGUGGCUUAACAGUGAAGAGCUGUGUGAAUGAUGAAUGAAGUUUUUUUAUUUGUACAGCUAGACAGACAGGAGAUCAUCGUCUUGCUGAAGAAGGAUCUUUACCAAGUCCUUCAGACCUACUUACAGCCCAAGCCAACAGUCAUGGAUAUGGCUGUCACAGAGUCUAUCGCCUAAGACCUGAUGGUCUCAUGGCAUGUGAAGAUACUGAUGUAAACAAAAUGGUCGCUAUCACGAGGAACAUUGAUACAGAUUCUACCGUAUGUACCAUUUUUUUACCUUUUUCUGAGCCUUUAUAAGCUAAAACCACGACUUGAAUUAAAACCAUAAACAACUCUAGCCGUUGGGCAAUACAGACCAGCACAUGUGUGAGAGAGAGAAGUCCCACCGAGCCAAGCAACUCUUGUAUGCCCCCCAGAUAAGGCCAAUAAUAAAACAUUUUGGAAGAUGAAGACAUCAAGGCCGCGUGAAAGCAUUUUUUAAGCAAGAGCCGUGAGCCAUAGCUUUCCUAAGCUGUCAAAUAGGUCUUAAAAGAAAAUCGUAAUGGAGGACGUGGUCGACAAUGAACAGGCUAAGCGAGAGGAGAAUAAUGGGAGAUGGCAAUCAUAAGAGUUUAGCACAGUUCGAGAUAAUGGAAGUCAUUUUUUGCCGACGGCUUAAGUAACGCGAUAACACUUUUUGGCAUACUUACAAUGAUUAACGAAGAUUACGUAUAAUAUGUAAGUAUGGUUUUAAGGAUUAACAUAGGAUUUUAGUGAUUAAGAUCACCAACCCUAUAGUUCAAACACUUUUACCAACUUAAAGGCUGACGGUUCUCCAUAAGAAAAACAGAUCAGUUACAGAUAUUUAGAAGUCGGGAUUAAGGUAAUGGAUGUCACAUAUAAUAGGGCGGCGUGGCUGAGUGGUUAGGGCGCUGGACUUGUAAUCUGGUGGUCCUAGGUUCAAGUCCUCCACCCUGCCACUCACUGGAUUGUUCUCGGUCGCCCCGAGGUCGACUCCGCGGCUGUGCUGUGUAGAAAGCCUACUGGUUUGCCUCCCGUCAGCCGGGAUUUUCAAGCACUCUUUGUUUAUUUGGUGUAUUUGUUACUCUCUCUUUCAUGUUGUCUGGCCCACAAUGUAACCUACGGGGUCCACCAGUAAUUGUGAUAGCCAUAUUAAAAAUCUAUUUUUUUUCUCUGCGGAAAAACAAUUUCAAAAAGUUAAAGCAAAAGAAGUCAUUUACGGCUCGAGAGAUCUUCGGUGUGCAAAGUAUUUUAAACAACCCUGGAAACAAUUUGUUCCUUCUUUGUGUUCGUUGCAACCGCAUUAGAGCAUAAACGAUUAUUUGGUAUGUUUGCGGCGAAUUUAAGAGAAUUAAAGAAAAUGAUAGUUCCAUCGCACUAUAACCUGUGUGAGGCUCACUGAGGAGGUGCCUGGACCAUCUCACUUCUAAUGUGACUGAUAAGUAACAUCUCCCCGCAAUAUCAAUUCAUCGUCAUGUAGAAAGGUGAUAGAAGAAACAAAAGUAUCAGAUAAACGAUUCCGUUUGAUAUGAAUCAAAAUUCGCAAUGGAAAAUAGUGGGGAAACUGUACCCAUUGCGUGUGCUCGCUCUCAUGCGUUCUUGUUACAUAGGAUAUUGAUUGGAGACACCUGGACAGACAAGUAACGAGGGAGUUACCCAACAUGGAGAGAGAAUGGAAAGAACAAGCUGAGCGUUUAAAAAAGACGCCAGAGUGGAACAGGUUCGAGUGGCUGUCCAUGGCGGUAGGGGGUAAGUAAUGAAUGAUGUGACCGUGUACCCCACCCACUGCUUUAUUCUACACUUUUUGUUAGUGGCUUAUGAAACUUUUGGAGGAAAUCGAGUCUCAGAUUUGUCUCCCCUUUCCCCCUCCUUCUGCCGAUCUUUGGAACUCUCUUUCAAAAAAAAGGACUCAUCACGUAUGCUGUGUAAGAGUUGGGUUAAUGAGCGGUGUGAUAGACAGCUCAACACGGAAAAGAAAUGUCGGCUGAUAGUCGACCGACAAUCAACCGACUGUUUACCGAUUGUCGGUUGGUUUUCGCUAGGCCAGUCUUUUACAGUAACAUGUAUGUAGUGUACGGGAUCUUUUAGUCUUAAUGGUCGCCAUUAAUGUUUAUUUAUGCUAAGACUUAUUCUUAGUGUUUAGGACGUGAUUGCCUGCCGUUUGAAUGUAUUUUUUUUGCUUUCAGACGUUACCACAAAGCCUACAACUCUAGUUGAACCAAUCACAACCUCGCCAACACAGGAAUCAUCUGUUAACCUAGAAACGGAGUAUAACUUCGAAGUGGAAGAAACUGAAGAUGGUUUCAAAGCAGAGCUGGGACUGCAACCGGGCGACUCGGUUCGGAUUCCUCUCGGCGAGGGCUUUCGUGAUGUUCGUGUCAAGUUCGUCGGCCUUCGGGAUGGUGAUUGGAUAAAAGCAAAGAGCGGCAAGAAACGUUGGCAGAAACGACUUUGUCGCGUUUUGAGUGAUUUAUGUGAUAGUGAUGGAAAUGUAGAUAUCAGUAUGGUUAGCAAACGUUUCUUCAAACUGACGAAGACGGGCGAUCGUUUUAUCAAAGUUAAAGUUGACGCAGACGAAAAUUUUGUUCGGAGAAACCUCGGUGGAAGGGAAAUACGUUUUAAAGUAGAACUGCGGACCCGUGGGACUCAGACCAUGGUUAUCAACUAUGGAAUUAUUUUGAAGAAUAGAAGGCAUCGGCGUGCUUUCUCCAACAAGUACUUUGGAAUACCACAUGAAGAGUUGCUCCCAAAGUAUCGUCAGCAUCAUCAUGGCCAGUGCACGACAGGUUCGGGUCCAGUGGCGUGGGCAAAGAUACUCGGUUACUUCAAUAAUAUGGCGGCUAGAACUUACAAUUCAAGUUAUCCGUGAGUAGUUGUAGUGAUUUAGCGUAGCAAACAGAGACAGCAUGUUACAUAGUCAAGUUGGCUUGCGAAUCAGUAUAGUGGGUUUCAGGGGGGAAAGGAAACAGGAAAAAACGUGAAGACGUGUUGCGAAUGAUGUUGUUUGUUCGAGUAGCCGGAGUUUUGUUAAUUUUAAAAGAGCUAAAACCUUCCUCCCACCCCCAGAAAAAAAUUGUUCUUAUCACUAAAUCAAUCCCAGGUCCUCAUUAUUCCAAUAUGCAGUCUAUCCAAAGGUGUUUUUCUUUCUACAUACGAAAGUGACACCAUGAAUUUUAAAAGUGUGGAAAUGAAUAAAGGAUGUUUAGGUUAAUCCUCUCUAAUUUUUCUUACAUUUACAGACCACUGAACAAUAUGUUGGAUUGGCCCGCUCAUUUACCUCUAACAAUGGACACAUCGGUAGAAAACAUGACGCAACGUAUAUUUUCCGAGCUUGGAUCGCAUUGUUCACACCAUGGUGGAGGAGUAACCUCCCCUGCUCACAUGGGGCGAAUCAAGAAAGCCUUUGAGAAAGUCCCGGGACGAGAGCUUAAAGUUAUUCAUCGAGGAUACCAUGAAGGCGAGGCAGGCUCGUGGAAAAACUUGAUCAUCGAUCUUCUGAAAAAAGGAUACCCAGUUAUUGUGAGUAAAGACAACACUAAACAUGGCCAGCACCACUAUGUGGUUGUAACACGGAUCCGACAGAGUGCGAGGUAUUACAGUUUUUGUCACCGUCAGACAGGCGAAUGUUCGCCUUGGACUUUAAAGGAGGAAUCGCUGAUGUUUGUUCACGAGGAAGACGCGCCUGGUAAAUGGGAACCCGCCGACAUUCGAUUUAUGGCUGCAAUCUUUGAGAGAUGAACCGAACAAUCUCAAGUCAGUCUUAAUCAGCAGUAGUAAUCUGAUUGUCGCUCCUCGGGCUACACACGUAGGAUUUGUAUGAACGAUACGAAAAAUGAACGAUAAAACACGACGUUUCGACCAAACUUCGAUCAUUUUCAAGUGAAUAGUAAGAAUGUCAUGAUGAAUAUAUAUUGACUGCCUAAUUUAUGAAAUGUUUUUUUUAUCCAAGAACUGAGACCCGCUCUCGAUGUGCAGUCGGACUCAAUUCGUGCAAAGGUUUUUAAUUAAGUUUUUUAAUUUUUAUUUGGUUUUUAAUUGGCUUCUAAUUAUUUCUUUUCUCUGUCUGUUCGUAUUGUCCGUUUACACUUCCAAAAAACUUUACACUUCUUACACGCAUAUAUAUAUAUAUAUAUAUUUAUAUAUUCAUCGUGUCAUAGAAUUCACUUUGUAAAUAUUGUAAUGUAACGAAGGCUUCAGGAAAAUUGCCUUGAUACAUAGGUAACUUAUAUUUGGUAAGUUAAAUUA